AUGUCUUCUGCACUUCAUAUUCAUGUUGGAGGGGCUGGAAUAAAGAUGGGUGAUAUGUUAUGGAAACUGUAUGAAAAAGAAUACAAUGAAACAACUCAGAAGAAUUAUAUUUAUGAUGAAUUCGAAGGGAAUCACUAUCCAUAAGCAUUUUUUGUCGAUACAGAUGACAGAAUGAUACACGAAGUCUAAAGGAAUCAAUCAGUGAAAUUUAAAAAGCAUUCAUUUUUCCAUGGAACAGAGGAUGCAUCAACUUUUGCUCGAGGUUUGUGUACUAUUGGGGGAGGGAUUGAAUAAUAAGCAUUAGAUUGUAUUCAAAAAUAAAUAGAAACGAUGGAUCGAUUAGAUGAGUUUGUGAUAACAAGUUCGAUCAGUGGAGGAACUGGAUCCGGAUUUCUUAGUAACUUAGUCUCUUUGUUGAAAAUUUAUUACCGGAAAGUAAGAUGUAAUGGGUUUAUAAUUUUCCCAUCCUCAAAGAUUUCAAAUAAUGUUGUUGCCAUUUAUAAUGCUGUGCUCUCAAUGGAAAAUUUGAUGUAUAGCUUUAACAGUAUAACAAUGUUUGACAAUGAGUCAAUGUACAAUUUUAUUGAUCGUCAAUUAGAUUUAGAUUUUGUUGAUUAUUCAUAGUUAAAUAAUUUGGUUGCUUAAAUAAUUAGUGCCUAUACUGGAAUUAGAAGAUUUAACUCAGAAGAUAACUCUAUAUUCUUUAAAAAUUUGUGUCCUCAUCCUCGGCUACAUUUUUUAAUUCCAUCUUAUAGUAAGAUGACUUUGAUAAAUGAUUAUGCUAGAAAAGAAUUAGAACAAAGAGAAUUCAUUUAACUUCUACUAAAAAAAGAUUAAAAACUUUAUCAAUGUUCGACAACCCCGAAUUAUAUUUGUACUGCCUUAUUAUUUAGAUAAAAAUAAUUGAACCCUUUUUAUGGUAAAUUAGAUUAAGCUCUAAACAAUUUAAAUAAUUACUUCGGCUAAAGUUCUUAGAUUUAUUAAUGUAAAUCAUCUAAUUACUAAGUAUUACCUGAGCUUGCAGAAAUGAAACAAACAGGAACCUUUUUUUCCAAUGAUACCUCAAUUGUUAGUAGCUUAUAAGCAUUAGGAGAGAACUUUGAUAAAUAUUUUUGUAAAAGAGCUUUUUUAUAAUAUUAUAAACCUGAAGGUCUAGAAGAGAGGGAAAUUAUUAAAGCAAGAUAUGACUUAGAGAAUUUAAUAAAACAAUAUUAAAAAUUCUAAUAAGCGGAUAAUUAACAAAAUUGA